GAGACGAGUGCAGUCUCACAUCUCCCACACCAGCCUGGUUCACUCGUCCCCAGAGGAAGCCUCUCCAGCGCUACCAUGACGAUGGCCGUUCUCCAGUUGCUAGGAGUCCUCCUGUGCUCCGCCUUCACCUUCGCCGAGGUUAUGCCCAUGGCUCACUUCGACCUACAGCAGAUGGCAGGAAAGUGGUACAUGGUUGGCUUCGCCACAAAUGCUCAGUGGUUUGUCAACCACAAAGCCAGCAUGAAGAUGGGCAAUGCCAUUCUCACUCCUACUGCAGGAGGUGAUCUGGACCUCACCUAUGCCAACCUGAACUCGGAUGGGUCCUGCUGGAGGAUGACCCACCUGGCCAAGAAGACCGAGACUCCUGGACGUUUCACUUUCCGCAGCCAGCGCUGGAACAAUGACAAUGACAUGCGUGUGGUGGAUGCCAAAUACGACGAGUUUGCCCUCGUCUACACGGUCAAAACCAAAGAUGGCGUUUCUGAGGUCCUGAACAAGCUUUACGGACGCAGUGCUGACCUGAGCCCUGAGCUUCUGGAGAAGUUCAAACAGUUCAGCCUGGAAACUGGAAUUGCCCCCGAGAACGUUGCCAUUCUGCCCCCUAAUGGUGAGUGUGCCGCUGCAUAAAUCCAGCCUGCGAUCCACACACACACCUGUGGCGACUCCUCUAUGCGUUCCCCCUGCUCUACUCUGGAACCUUUGCAAAUGCAUUCCGCACUGUGAUAUGUAACUUCCCUCACUUGUUUCAUACAAUGUAUUCUUUUUUUUUUACAGCUUGUUUUCUAUGUACAUUUUUAAAUAUUUUUGGUGAUAUUAAAAUAAGUGAGAAACACAA